UGUCAUACCUCGAGGGUUGACUGUACCUUAUUUCUAUGAGGACUAACCACCCCAACCACCCCAGGCGAACCGAUGAGGCCACCGCGCCCCAAAACCGGAGGCUGUCUUCUCGGAUCUUUUUUCUCUGUCGCGCUUUCUUCGCUGGGUUAAUGGGCCACUUAAAAGGCAUUUCAGCAUAAAAAGCAGGCUAUAUUAUGCAAUACUAGCCAAUGAACGCGACAAUGUGCAGACAAGCACACACGGCAAAAUUGUUUCUUAAAAUGAAUCCUUCAAAAAAACGUCGUUUUCUACAGAAUGUUCGGAACGCGUUUGAAUUAACACAGCGACUGCAAUCCAGUCUACAGUGUAAAGACUGCGCACGCAAUUACGAGCAUACGCAGUAAAGUAGGGAGAACGAGUAAGGUUCCUUCGUAACAUACGCCUCAUACCCCGUUUGUUUUGUUUUAUAUUGCAACACUGAAAACACCGGCAGUCUCGAUUAAUUACCAAAGGGUACUCGUUUAUUUUAGUGAAGCUCCAAAAUUAUUGGUUCCAGCAAGGUCAAGGUCAGGAUCACAUUUCCACUCCCAUCCCAUACCGACAAACAAACACAGAGCUACACAGAUACAGCUUUACACUGAAGCACAAGAAGAAAAUAACGGAACUGAAAAAGCACUGUUUUAAUCCGCACACAUAUAGUGUGAUCUGCACUGCAGAUAAGACAGGAAACGCUUUAAUGCAUGUGUUGUAAGCCUGACUUGGAUUGCAGAAUUUGACAAUUUUAAUCGCCAGUACAUUCAGCUAUCUCAUUGCUAAGUUUUGCACACAUAGCACUUUUUGCUAUCUGUCGUGGCCAGGUUCUGUCCUUUGCGCUACCAUUGCUUGCAAAGCGAAGUUUCGUACACACGAGUAGUACAGUACAGUACCAUACUGUGUGCUUUCCCUGAGUCAGGAGUACUAACAGUAACACAAAUACGCAUUAUAUUGAUGUGUUACAGGUAAUAUUUUUUAAUCAGCUUGGAAAAGCUACAUAACAAAAAUGGGCUUUGUGGUACAGCAUUGUUUUCUUGGUCUUUGUGAAGUGUGAUUUUCUGAACUCGUACCAUAAGGUAUGAAAAUUGUAUCUUUCUUGUGUACUUUCAAAUAAAUUAGUAAUGACGGUUAUUUUAUUAGCCAUAGAGAAGGGAUAGGUUGAUGCCACAUAUAAGCCAACGCGCUGAGUUUCACUUCAUUUGCGCUGCUAAUACUGUUGACUUAUAUAGGUUUUGUUUCAUUCAUAGCUCGCACGAGUAUCUGUUACUUACUAUCACUGCGACACCUACUGUACCCUCAGGCAGAGUAUAUGCCAACCAAGACGGCCAUUAGCAGUGCGAUGGGAGGUCAACAGUCAAAAAACAUACAAAAGGGGAACUACCGGUUUUGGUCUGCUGUGGCCUCGGCUAUUCGAUUAGGAUGGAUAGGAAUCGGAGAAAAACAAAAGGAGAUGAAGGUCACCCAGCUUUCCCUGUUCCCUCUGCUCAUGUGCACUGCAGCCCUGCAGGGGGACAUUGUGGCCCUGGAGGGACACCUGCAGCAGGGCGCUAAUGCCAUGAUGACUGCUAACAAUGGGAGAACACCCCUCCACUUGGCAGCGGGGGAGGGGGACCUAGACACAGUGAAGUUCCUGCUGAAGAAGGGCGCCGAUGUCAACAGCAGAGACAAAUUCAAAGACCCUGUCCUCCGAGAUGCCGUUCGCUGCAAGAGUUUAGAGCUGGUGGAACACCUAGUCAGUGCGGGAGCUCAUCUGGAGACCGCUGGUGAUGAGCUGGGGAGAGAGAUGUGCAGUCUUGCCUACUUGAGCGAUAUGAAACAAAUGGAGAUCUGGAAGGCAGCUGGGGUGCACUUCAACUUUGCUGAUCGUAACAACAGGACUCCUCUUCAUGUGGCUGUCUGCACCAACCAGCCUGAAAUGGUUCUAUUCUGCUUGAACAAUGGGUCAGAUCCUCAGCUACGAGACUGCUACAACAACACACCCAUCGCUGAUGCCCAUCGACUGGGGUUCAAACACAUUGAAGAGCUGCUGCUGAUUGACAAGGCAAAGAAAGCAAAAGCAGCUACAUUAAAAGCAGUGGAAGUGAAGCCAUUGGAACAGUAAAGGAACAAUUUGUCAAACUUGAUAUUGCCGUUAACAAAUAAAACACGAUCUAAUAAUGUUAAAUGUGUUAUGCAAACCAGUGCAUUUGUCCACUAAAAUAAAAAGAGACUAAUAAAUGGCCCACUGCACCAAGGUUGAAGCAAAAUUAAAUUACCCCCCAAAGAAGAAAAAAAAAAAA